UUUUUACUGGCCGGUGACUCCGUGCCCAGCCGGUCGUUCGUCCACUUGUUUCCUUCGCACAACUUUCCACCGUUCUCAUAGAUUUCGCUUCAAUUUACCAAUGAAAUCGGCAUUUCUGUUGAGUAAAAGGAAGGCAGCUUAAAUGUUGGACAAAGUGGCAAAGGGCGCGAGAUGGUUCUACCAUGAAUUUGGCAUCGCCGCCAUCAACGAGGCCGGUCGGGAUGCGUACCUCAUUAUUCUUGCGCGCACGUGCCGCAUGUUUGCGUACGGGACGAAUGCGCUGAUUCUCGCCAUCUUUUUCUCUGCCUUGGAUAUAUCCGACCACCAGAUUGGCCUUUUUAUGACGCUCACGCUGCUCGGGGAUGUAUUCCUAGGAACGUUCAUCACGCUCGUUGCAGACCGCAUAGGGAGGCGGAAGGUCUUGGUCUGCGGCUCUCUGCUGAUGGUACUGAGUGGCGUCGUCUUCGCGGUUUUUGAAAACUUCUGGAUCUUACUUUUCGCUGCUAUUGUUGGUGUUAUAAGUAUCACCGGAAGUGAUUUUGGCCCCUUUCGGAGUAUCGAGGAGUCAAUGCUGUCACAGCUUACUACUUCUUCGACGAGGGCAGAUGUCUUGGCGUGGUACGUCACGAUCGCGCUGUUUGGGUCAUCAUUGGGAAGCGAGCUGUCAGGAAGAAUACUGCACUUCCUGCAGAGCAAAGACGGGUGGUCGGAAAUUGAUUCAUACCAUGCUCUCUUCUGGAUCUAUACCGGCAUGGGCCUUGUCAAUGUUGGGUUGAUGCUGUUGCUGACGGAUGCUUGUGAACUUCCGCCGUCAAAGGAGACGUACACACAAUUACCCCAGGAAGAUGACGUGAGAAAUGCAGAUGCGAAUGUGGAAAGUCGCAUUGAACCACCGGAAGUGGCUUUUGGAUCUGAAGAACAUUCGUUCUGGUUUACGAGGGUUCUGAAGUGGCUUUCUAACCGAUUUGCUCAGAUAUCGGCGCCCACGCGAUCUAUCAUGUAUAAGUUGUGGUUUUUACUGGCCGUUGACUCACUUGCGGAUGGUAUGGUGCCGUAUUCGUUGACCAAUUAUUACAUCGACAAAACCUUCCACCCUUCCAAGUCGACGCUGGGGGAUAUAACCUCUUUUAGCUAUCUUCUUGGAGGGAUUUCGGCGGCAUUCUGUGGUCCUCUGGCGAGGAAGAUUGGACUAAUUAACACAAUGGUGUUCACGCAUACCCCGUCUUCUGCAGCUGUAUUGAUAUUCCCCUUUUCCCCGCAUCUUUGGGUGGCGGCGGGGCUUUUGCUUAUUCGGGCAGGGCUGAAUAAUAUGGACCAAGCCCCACGAGCUGCUUUUAUUGCUGCGGUCGUAAAACCAGAGGAGCGAACGGCGGUUAUGGGAAUCACAGCGACGGUCAGGACCCUGGCCGCAAUGACGGGACCUAGUAUCACUGGUCUCCUGGCAGCGAAUGACCGGUUUUGGAUCGCAUUCGUUAUGGCAGGCAGCUGCCGCCUAGCGUACGACUUUGGCCUUUACGCUUUAUUCGUGAACAUGAAACUUCACGAGCAUGAGAGCAAGCCGAACGACUUAUCUACUGGACAAGAUUCAAGACGUGUCUAUGACGAAGAGAUGGAGCUGCGAAGCUUAGCUGACACUGGUUCUGAUAGUGAUACUGAUAGCGGUAGCAAAGAGUCGAGUUCUGACAGGCUGGAGUUUGGAAGCGCUGGUCUCCAAAUUCCGGACGGGAAUCAGAGACUUCGAAGUAGAAGCCCGCGUCGAGGCCCUGACAUGGGCGAGGUUUGAUUCAAAGUGAUACAUACAUUGUAGCUUAGCCCGGGUAGGCAGCUAGUGAAAUUCCAAGCAUACAUCCCUAGGUACCCAGGUGCUUGUCAAGUUAAAAGGCACCGAAAUAU